AUGUCUUGGGAUUCUUACAUCGAUAACCUCGUUGCCCAGACCAAAGAUGCGUCGGGUAAUGCUCAUUGUGAUAAGGCUUGUAUCAUCGGUAUGGAUGGUGGAGCACCGUGGACAACGGACGGACAUGCGUGUGCAUUUAAGCUCAUAGAUCAAGAGGGAAAAAAUAUUGCUGACUCUUUCAAGAGCAAGAAUUUUACUGCAUUCAUGUCCUCUGGAGUCCGUGUAGGUGGAGAGAAAUACCAGUUCUUAAGAGAAGAAGAUAAGAAGAUAGUGUUCGCAAAAAAGAAAGGGUCUGGAGCAGUCACUCUGCAGGCUAGUAAGACAGGUUACAAUUUUAUGAACUACAAGAAGACUGGUGACCCAAUAAGAAAUUUCAGUUUGGAAGAGGAUUCUUAG